ACUGACAAGAUACAUGCAUGAUGAAGUUGCUAUUCUUGAUUGUUUGAUGUGUACCAACAGAUACAAGUAAAAAUAGACCACAAGCUGCACUCGGUUUUUGAAAAUAUUUUUGGCAGAUUUCAGGAAGCACCGUGUAGUGAUAUAACAAGGGGGUGUCUAAUGAUAAAGAUAUUCAAGACUCAGAUGCCAGAUUGUUCAAAUUGUGAGUCACCUUAACAGCCCUCCAUGAAUGAAUUCAGUACUCCUACAUACUCCCUGAGCACCUGUACGUGCUUAUAAGCUGGCCUCCAUUGUUAAUCAUUAAGCUGAGGAGUGGUUUGGCAAAGCUGUUUUACAUUUUAUGAAUGGAUUUUUGUUUACAUAUAGAUAAGAUGAUCACAUACUGUGUACUUGUCUUGGGAGUGGUAACCCUCACCUGGGGUCAGAUUAUUACCCAAUGGACAGUGGAUCAGUUCCCUAACCCCAUGAAAAAUCCAGAAAAAUGUGGAGGAGAAAAGGGGCGUCCAUCAUUCUUGUGUGAUCCUAACAGUAUCUUGCCCACAUCUUUUGCUGAGCUUGAUCAUGCUCUGAAUCAGACAUUUCUUGACACCCCAUGUAUAUGCAGCGCCUACAAAUGUCGGGAACUGAAUUAUCAUCAUGGAGUACACCUCAGUGUUGCUGUGCUGGCAAACCUCAAGUUAACACAACAGAGGACAUCAGCAUUGCCUGAGGUGGAACACUUUGCUAUAGAACUGGAGAGCCGCAUUUGGAACUUCGGAGAAUGUGAUAAUGAUGUGGUCAUUGUGUACUCAGCUGGAGACAAUGUGGUAUACACGGCAACAGGAAGUGCAGCUAACUACAUUUUAGACACUCAGAAAAUCAAGGACAUCACCAGUGCUAAUGGAAUUUACUUCAAAAACAAGAAUCCCAUGGCUGGUCUUUAUGGCAUGAUAAUGGAUUACCGGACUGUUUUUCGGGGAGGAUACACUCCAUAUUCAUUGUAUCAAAGAAAUCAAGUUGUCCGAGGAUCUGCUACCAUGGUAACGACCUCUACCUCCUGUUUAUUGGUAACCUUGGUUGCAUAUCUUUGUAGCAAGCUCUGAUUGUUUGCUGUCAGGAGUGAAUGAAGACAAAAUAGUAGCACUUGUUGCACACAGAAUCUUAAUUCAUUGCUUCAAAAAUGUCUAGCAUAUAUUAAUUGAUUCUAAUUAAGGUUGGAUGUCAGAAAUUCAUAUACUGAUUGUUUUUGAAAACAAAAGUUUCAUGACCACUCCAAAAUAAUGAAUGUGUUGGUCUUAUUUGGUACUAAAACUUUUCUUUCAGAUAAGUUUACCAAUUUUUACACGUUUUGCAUAGAAUUUUAAUAACAAUAUGUUCAGUAAAAUAUGAGUGAGCCACCUAUUUCUGACUCGUCAAAAGUUUUGGCAGGUAGGUAGGCAGGAUUUAUUUUGUUAAGAUGUUACAGUUUACAUACGUUUACUUCUCGUGAUCACAAAAUAGCGAAGACAACUUGUUUACGUGUAAUUGAGGGUACUAGUAAAGUACAUGUGCAACUACAAUAUUCUGGAUAAAAUGGCCAUAAACAAUCUUGCGAGUAAAACAAUGUCACAAAAAUUUUGAGUCGCAGAUUUCUGUCCAUCAAUCGGGCGAUGUCCACCAAACAAUUUUUUAGUUUCAGCCUGAUUGAAAUAAACAGCAGAGCAAAGUGUCAAUGUAACAAGAUGUUUUUAUUGUGUGUGCAGAGAAUUCAUCAUAAUUACUAGUAAUGCCAGGUGGCUUAAAAUCUGCAAUCAUCUACUGUGUACCAGGUUAAUUUUGGCACUUUGUAAAUGUUGCGAGUGUUUGAUUGAUGAUGUCAAAACUAAAAGUGCUAAAAUUUAUUUUCAUGUGAAUCAUAAUUAUAUGAAGUGAAAAUCUGCCAAAAAUAAUCCGCCAAAAUCUCAAAUAAUUUAAAAAAAAAAAAAAAAAAUAUGCCAAAUGCAUGAUGAAACAUGUAUAGCUCUUUCAAUGAAUUUAAGAGAUUUAUUGGUGUUUCAUUUUGCUCUGGUCAUGCUAUAUUACAUAUGUUUUGAACUGGAAGUUUUAACACUUGUUUAUAAUAGUGCCUUUGAGUAAGGUGCAUAAUAGUGGUGUAUUUAAUUAUGAUAUUUAAUCUUGUAUAACUGUGUCUGUUGUAAGAGUUUGUGACAUAUUUUGAUUAUUUAUGAUGAUACAAUGGUGCUUCCACUGUUACGAGUUGUGUUUUUUAAAUCAUACAGGAUUAACCAAUGAAAGUGAAAUUUUUAAAUGUUUAAUCAAGAUUUUAUUAAUAUUUUCUAUUUUGAUUUUAUUUUUUAUUUUGAAAAUAUCUCUACACAACGAAUAUAAUAUUACCAAUGUUAACAUAUUUAUUACAUAUAGAAGAUCUGAGCUAUUAGAAGUUGUGUGAUAUAGUAAAACAUAAUCCCAGACUGUGAAUAAUCAUGUACUGGUGAAUUUUCUGUUUUGAUGGGCUAAUCAAUAAGAUUUUACAUUUAUAGAGUGUUUAAAACCCUGUGUGUUUGAGAUGCAGGUGUGUCAGUGUGUACACUGAAUGCGACAUGUCACAUAGUGUAGUUAUGUGAGAUUCUUAUAGGUUGUUUUGUAGCUUUUACAUAUAUUCAUGUAGUUGAAAUGCCUUGUGCAAAUCAGCCGUAAAGACCUCACUCACUUCUUUUUUCCAAUACUGGAAUUUUUUCUUCCUGUGAUUUACAAAGUCCAUGUAAUUAGAAAAAGUAGAUGUAAUAAAAAAAGUAGAUAUAAAUCUGUUGACAUCAUUUAGAAAAAUAUUUUGGACACAUCCACACUUGUUCAAAUUAAUUAUAUCCAUUUCUGAAAAUAAAUGAGGAGGUUUUUUUUACAUAUUGACUUAUGAAAAAUUUCUUUCAUUCCUGAAAAAAUUCAAAUAAAACUAUGAUGUACACUGCACACUUUACUGUUAGGUUUGUUUUCCACAUGUACACUUGAAUGGAAUCAAGAGAUACUUGAAGGACUAUAAUCCUAUCUGUACGUAAUAUAGUACUGGAAAAUAGAUCAUGAAAUAAAAGAUACAGAUCUGUUGAAGAAAAUUAAUCAACGUAAAGUGUGGAUUUUUUUUUAUGAAGUUAAAAUCUUUGUUUUCUAAUUAUUAUCUUGACUAUAUCUACUGAACCUGGUACAACUGCCAUCCAUAUUGAUGUGAUGUAUUUGGAAACAAAUUGACAUAGAUAUGUUUUUGAAUGAUCAUUUGUUAUUUUGAAUAUUGAGAUCCCACGAUGUUGUUGUAAUAUUAAAUGUUUUUAUAUUGGUAUACUAAUGGUUGUCUUUCGAUGCAAUCGUUUAUUAUGUAUUGUGCUUCCCAUAUUAAAAUGUUUAUAUUUAAAUAGUUACUAGACUGUAUCUCUCUUAGGGGAAAAUUGUAGAUCCCUAUUUUUUUCUGACAGAGAGUUACAGUUCUGAAGCUAAUAUUUUAACAUAGCAUGUUUACCUGCAAUACUCAGAUCAGUUGUAUAAUUUUAUAUUUGAAAUUUUUUUCUUCCCAUUUUUUGACAUCAUACUUUGGAUGACAUAAUUUUCUCAGUUCAUGAUUUUAAUCCAAAAUGUAAAUGGUAAUUACCGGGUAACUAAGGGGUAAAAUUGAAUAUUUUCUUUACACAUUAUCAAAUGAAUCCGACACAUUUGAUAUAGCCUUCUGUUGUACCAUCCCAGUGAAUAUAAGCAAUUCUAGAAAUAUGCAACAUUAAACUUUUUUUUAGUCUUUUAUGGAAUACCAUCCAAAAUUAGGUUAAGUAAAUCUCCGUAGUGAUAAAGUAAUACAUAGCAAGUAAAACAUGGGCUGCGUUCAAGAUCGUAGCAGCUAAAUAGGGCUCAGUAGCGCUACAAUCUUGAAUGAUGUGCUAGGCUAGCCCUAUGUAGGGAUAACAAGCGUUAAUUCAUAAAGUGCGUUCAAAAUACCUAGAUAUCUAGCCUAUUGGCUAGGGUAGCCACUACGAUCUUGAAAGCAGCCCAAAUUUAACUGCAGUGACACUGUGUCAGACUGGUAGUGUUAUAUUUUGAGUAUGUGUACUUUUUGUACUUUGCUCAUGAAUGUUAGCAUCUACCAUUGAUGUGUAUAAAAAUAGAGAUGAUACAGUCUUUACAUCAUAACAAAUAUUUUAAGAGUAGGGUAGGAUUGUUCAUGCUUUUUUAAUAGACAAUAUUUUGUAUGUGUUUUAAGUAUGAUGUAUGUAUCAAAUAAAUCAUAUUUUCUAUAGCA